AUGGUGUUCAGAGGGAUCCUACUCGGUGCCAUGAGGAGACUGCAGGAGACCAAUUCAGACUUCAAGUCAGUAGACAUUUAGAUUCCAUUGUCUGAUUGAUUUAUAGAAUAGCUCAUAUAUGCAAUACAGACUAUAUAGUUUGAGCAAUAGUUUCUAUGCCAAUUUACAGACAAUGUUCUGUAGUUCAAGGUGUCAUUUAUGGCAUGGAAUGGUACAGCAUUUUUAUGUAAUGGUGGUAUUCUUGCUUUUGCAACGGAUAAGGGGUAUUAUAAUUGGCAGGUGUGUCAAAGAUGUUAUGUUAUGUCAGUAGUCAGUGAGCAUUGUUCUUCCAAGUUUACCUACACAGAGGACCCCAACUAUGGUCCCUUCCUGGUGAGUGUGAAUGGUGUAGCCGGGGACAGUGCUGAGCACACUUACUGGGAGCUCCUUGUUCAGACUGGGGAGAAUGGACCCGUGAUCAGACCUGAUGUGGGUGAGUAAUGAUUUAGAAUAUCUCUCUUAUCUGGGACUACUCUCUCUCUCUCUCUCUAGAUCUCAUCGCUCUCUCUCUCUCUCUCUAUCUCUCUCUCUCUCUCUCUCUCUCUCUCUCUCUCUCUCUCUCUCUCUCUCUCUCUCUCUCUCUCUCUCUCUCUCUCUCUCUCUCUCUCUCUCGCUCUCUCACUCUCUGCAAAGCCACAGAAGUAAGGGGAAAAGCAAAUGUUAUUUACAACAAUCUAUUUGUCACAUGAAUUGUGCACAUACUGUAAACACAAAAUGACCUAGUUGGACCUUGUUUUCACAGGUAUUGGCUGUUACAUCCCAGAACCAAAUGACCGCAUCAUCCUGAAUUUUACAAAAUGGUGAACAUUCAGAAGAGCCUUACUGAUUUGAAAAGUACUGUUGUGCAAUUUAUUACAUGUGCCAUUACAGGAAAAAAAGUAAGGAACUCAGCCAUUUGCAGUAAUGUCCAAUGUUAAGACAGUGUUUAGAAUAAGAAUAGAAAGAGUUUCACCAUGACAUGAUACUGCUAUAUACCAGAACUACUGUAAAAUAACAUUCCAUUUGUAAUUACUGUGUAAAAGGUUAAUAAAGUACAUGUAGCUAUGGAGUACAACUUGUGCGGGGAAACAAAAUUACCUCAACAGUGGUAUCAUAAUACAUGUACAGUGUAAAUGUAUACCUGUACACACGCACACAUGCACACACGCAGACACACACUCACACACACACACACACACACACACACACACACAAACAAAAUAAUUUCAGAAAUGACCUUAUACCAUAUAUAUACAGUACCAGUCAAACGUUUGGACACACCUACUCAUUCAAGGAUUUUUCUUUAUUUUUACUAUUUUCUAUUUGUAAGAUAAUAGUGAAGCCAUCAAAACUAUGAACUAACAAAUAUGGAAUCAUGUAGUAACAAAGAAAGUGUUAAUCAAAUAGCCACCCUUUGCCUUAUAUGACAGCUUUGCACACUCUUGGCAUACAGAAGAUAGCCCUAUUUGGUAAAAGACCAAGUCCAUAUUAUGACAAUAACAGCUCAAAUAAGCAAAGAGAAACGACAGUCCAUCAUUACUUUAAGACAUGAAGGUCAGUCAAUCUGGAAAAUGUCAAGAAAUUUAAAAGUUUCUUCAAGUGCAGUGAUAAUGAAACUGGCUCUCAUGAGGACCACCACAGGAAAGGAAGACCCAGAGUUACCUCUGUUGCAGAGGAUAAGUUCAUUAGAGUUACCAGCCUCAGAAAUUGCUCUUAUCAAGAGCAACUUACAGUUAGUGAGUGCAUACACUUUUCAUACUGGCCCCCCGUGGGAAUCGAACCCACAACCCUGGCGUUGCAAGUGCCAUGCUCUACCAACUGAGCUACUGUUGCGUGACUUUUCACUACAAGUUCUGCUGCAAGGUCACAUCACCAGUCCGGAUAGACCAGACAGCCAGCCCAGUCACUAGCCCCAACGGGACAGCCCUUUGACAUAGGAAGUAGUGGUGCUGAGGGUGCUGCAGCACCCACUGAAAAAUAAUUAUAAUACAAAUACAAAUACAACCUUCUUUUUUUUUCUCACAAAAGUAGUGCACUGGGCCUUUAAUAGUCCUGUAUUAGCGGACCGAUAUAGACGUCUGUAGCGCAGGCGUUUUUUAAAAAUGCAUCUCUGCUUUGGAAAAAAAGGUAGUUGUAUAAUUAAGAACAGUAUCUUGCAGGAUUCAAUAAGUUGAUUCAACGUAAUAACCACCGGAUAACAUAAUAAUAAGCUUGAUUAAUAAUAAUCAAGUAAAGUGUUACCCAAGUAUGUGUGUGUGUGUGUGUGUGUGUGUGUGUGUGUGUGUGUGGUGUGUGUGUGUGUGUGUGUGUGUGUGUGUGUGUGUGUGUGUGUGUGUGUGUGUGUGUGUGUGUGUGUGUGUGUGUGUGUGUGUGUGUGUGUGUGUGUGAGAGAGAGAGUGUGUGUGUGUGUGUGUGUGUGUGUGUGUGUGUGUGUGUGUGUGUGUGUGUGUGUGUGUGUGUGUGUGUAUAUAUAACUGCAUGUGUGUACAUUUCAAUGUAUGCUUGUGAGUUUCUCUAUGUAUGAGUAUGUAUGAUGUGCAUGAGUUUGUUUGUGUUAUAAUUGGCUGUGGGUGGUGGCAUGUGCAUUAAAUUGAGAAAAGUAGUACAUAUAAACAUUGAUUUUGGUAUGUUAUUACAUGAUUGGUCGAAGUUAUUACAUUAUUCAUAAAAAAGUUGUUACUCAGCAGUUAAUGUAAUAACCACUGGUUAAUGUAAAUACUUAUUACAUUUAGCGGAAAAAGUUAUUACGUUUACCUUUCAAAAUGUUUAUUAAGUUUACGGCAAGUUAUUACAUAAAAAAAUCUAACAGUUAUUACAAAUAGAAAAGUUAUUACAUUUACAGGUGUUAUUACAUUUACCGUUGUUACCUGCCCAGUGUUACUUUUUUGCCACAUUUUACUUUGUGCCCCCUGUCACGUGGCAUUUUGUUUGACUAGACUAGACUAGACGUCACAUAGUAAAUAUGAAUCCGUGACACUCAAAUUAGUAUGAUGUUACGUUUGGUAUGGUUACAUAAGACAGAUGGUUUCUUAAGGCAGACAACUUUAGCAUUUUAGUUAAUUGGCAACUGUUCAACUACUUACUACUUAUUAGCUACUUUGUAACAACUUAGCAUGUUAGCUUCCCCUAACCCUAACCUUAACCCUUUUAGCUAAUCCUUCCCCUAACCCUAACAUUAACCAUUUAACCUAACUCCUAAACUUCACCCUAACCUUAACCCUAACCCUAACCCCUAGCUUAGCUAACGUUAGCCAGCUAGCUAACGUUAGCCACCUUGCCGCCUAGCUAGAAUUCGUAACAUAUCAUACGUUUAGCAAAUUUGUAACAUAUUGCCCAUUUUGCAAAUUCGUUACAUAUUGUACGUUUGUAAAUUCGUGGGGGCUUGGGGUGCUACAGACCUCUAUAUACAGGACUAGAACCGGCCCAAUGCAUUACUUUUGUGAAAAUUGUUUAACUAAAUGUAUUUCUAUUUUAGUGUUUACCAGCAUUUGCAACUUGAGUCUGAUAAUUAUCUGUACAAAACAGUUAAUCUGAUAAUACUUGUGGAAUAUAAAAAUACUUGCUUGAUAUGUUUUCCAGUUUCUUGAAAUACUUUGGAAAUGCAACUUUUUUCUAUGUGAAAACUGAAAUGGUCUAUUCAUUCCUUUAACUAGAAGCUCUUAUCAAGAGCAACUUACAGUAGUGAGUGCAUACAUUUUCAUACUGGGCCUCCAUGGGAAUUGAACCCACAACCCUAGCGUUGCAAGCGCCAUGCUUUACCAACUGAGCCACAUCAUCACAUCACAUCAGCACAAACCACUUGAUGUCUCAAUGUACUCAGUUACUGUAUUGUGCAUUGUUUUUCUUCAUGGUGAUGGAAAGUCUACAGGUACAAACCUAGAUGACCAGCCUAUGUACAGUAAUGUACAUUUACAUUAAGUGGUUUGUAAGGAUGGUAAAUUAAUACUGCACAAAAGUGGUUGUUUUUUAUGUUAUUUGAUCAACAAAAAUAUUUAAUUUGAUGUGGAUGUUUUGAGUCUUUGCCCAUAACUUUGCAACUUUUGAUGUAAAUGUUUGAGGAGAAGGUGUUGUUCUUUAUGGAUUCCAUUAGAAUGAAGAUUGCAGAGAAAGGGACAUGAUUUUCAUUCCUGGGGGUGGAUUAUCCCUUUAAGCUAUAAACGAUUUGCAUUUCUAAACCAUUGAUUGUAUGAGAAACACAGUUUUUGUGUUUUGAUGCUGUCUUUUACAUGCACUGAAACCCCAAAAGUGUUUUCAAAACACUCUUAAAAACAUCAACAUUCUGGUUGAAGAACCACUUUGGUUCACAUUUAUACAUCCGGUGAAAUAUCUGUCUCAUUGUUCUAUCUACGGUGAUAGUGCGUUAUCCCUUAUCUCCAGUGACGAGAAUUAAGUAACUAUAAUGCGUUCGUACACAAUGCGCCCUGUGUGUUUGUGGGAAACAGAGAUAUUACAGAAAGGAGGAGAUAGGAAUCCCAUUGGGCAAUGAAUGGAGAAACACCCCACCCAACUGACUGUCGACCCAUCACAUUCACGUUUUCAUGCUGUGUCACGCGGUUGCUAAGAUAAUCGUCACGCAAUCCCUUCUCAAAGUCAGGGUAUAAUGCCACGUUCACGUGCUAGUUGGAACUAGGAAACUGACAUUUUCAACUUGCUAACUGGUUUUAGUCUAGAAACCUGCCUAUUUUUCUGGAAAGUACGUAAUUUCACAAUUCCAAUGCUUUACGAUAUUACACAGAACAAGUUCAUUAUCUCACAUCUUGGAAAAGAUUUGCAAUGUUGUAGUUCUUGUUCAUGAAAUUCAUGAUAAUGUUCGGUUUUUGAGCUAGCGCCCAAUUGAUUCCCAAUUAGUCCUUGAAGGAAGCUCUCCUUGUCCCAGAAUCGCCAAAAUUCACUGUGCAGCCCAUUGACGACACAAGGGCAACGUACAACAAUGGGCAUUAAUACGAUUCUAAUAGAGUUUCCCAUCUCCUCAAAAGUAUCUCUGUGGGAAGGAAAAGUACUUUGCUCUCGCUCUGGGCAGAGACGAACUGCAAGUUGAAUUCUGUGAGAUAGACUCCUAAAUUGAUAGUGCAGAUUGUUUAGCUGAUUUUACAGCUAGCUAGCUGUUGAUAUUGACUUUGGUAUUAUUGUGUGUUAAAUGCCAUGAGCCAGACACACUUCAUAUGCAAUGUAGACUAAUAAUUGUCACUUUUUUGCUAUGUAAAAAUUCUAAUAAAAGUCAUCAAGAGUUGUCUCUUUGUUAAUUGUCCUGCCGUAGCCUAUAAUAUGUGUCUCCACACACUUAUGCUAUUGAUGGAUUCAAUGCUGUUUUCAUUGAUCUCAGUUUGUCAGUGUCAAAGUAGCCUGUCAUUUCAAUAAUUUGUGCGGUAUUAAAAAAUUAUUCUGCCAAAGUCUCCAGUCAUGUAAAAUGAUAUAGAAUUGCAUGAAAUGUGUUUAUAAAAGUCCACAUUUUUCCCAGACCCUAGGCUAUUAAAAUGUUGCCCAUGUGUACAACUUCUGUAACUGCCUCUACUCUACUGCUCUAUGCCACUACGCAAAUGCGAUGAUAUGCAUGCAAUGCUUUAUUAUAAAGGUUUUUGUUUUUUAUGAUGCGUUCCGGUACCUCGGAGCUACCCAGGUCACACCCCCUCUUGUGAUCACUUUUUGUUCCGGCACCUCCCGAUUUACAAAUUAAGUACUGAGCUAGUAUUGACAUUAUAAUUCAAUCAAAAUUGAUUACUUUCCAUGAAACAGUUGCCUGUGUUAGCUGCCGAGUUAGUGCAGUGUCCUUAGCUAGCUAGAUAGCUAGCUACACUACAUGACCAGAAGUAUUUGGACACCUGCUCGUCGAACAUCUCUUUCCAAAAUCAUGGCCAUUAAUAUGGAUUUUGUCCCCCCUUUAUUGCUAUAGCAGCCUCCACUCUUCUGCGAAGGCUUUCCACUAAAUGUUGUAACAUUGCUGCGGGGACUUGCUUCCAUUCAGCCUCAAGAGCAUUAGUGAGGUCGGGUACUGAUGUUGGGCGAUUAGGCCUGGCUCGCAGUCAGUGUUCCAAUUCAUCCCAAAGGUGUUCGAUGGGGUUGAGGUCAGGGCUCUGUGCAGGCCAGUCAAGUUCUUCCACACCGAUCUCGACAAACCAUUUCUGUAUGGACCUCGCUUUGUGCACGGGGGCAUUGUCAUGCUGAAACAGGAAAGGGCCUUCCCCAAACUGUUGCCACAAAGAUGGAAGCACAGAAUCGUGUAGAAUGUCAUUGUAUGCUGUAGCGCUAAGAUUUCUCUUCACUGGAACUAAGGGGCCUAGCCCGAACCAUGAAAAAUAACCCCAGACCAUUAUUCCUCCUCCACCAAACUUUACAGUUGGAACUAUGCAUUCAGCAGGUAGCGUUCUCCUGGCAUCCGCCAAACCCAGAUUCGUCCAUCGGACUGCCAGAUGGUAAAGCGUGAUGAAUCACUCCAGAGAACGCUUUCCACUGCUCCAGAGUAUAAUGGCGGAGAGCUUUAGACCACUCAAGCCAACACUUGGCAUUGCGCACGGUGAUCUUAGGCUUGUGAGUGGCUGCUCGGCCAUGGAGCUUGUGUGGCCUACCACUUCGCGGCUGAGCCGUUGUUGCUCCUAGACGUUUCCACUUCACAAUAACAGCCCUUACAGUUGACCAGGGCAGCUCUAACAGGGCCGAAAUUAUUUUUUUAUUUGGGGGUAGAUCAGCUUAAUAUUUCAGAUAGAUUGUAACUUCCAUUAAUGUAAUUGUCUGCAUCACUUCCAAUCCCCCAUGUUAUGUAUAUAUAUAUAUAUGUAUAUAUAUAUAUAUAUAUAUAUAUAUAUAUAUAUAUAUAUAUAUACACAUAUACAUACACAUACACAUACACAUACACAUACACAUACACAUACACAUACACAUACAUAUACACAUACAUAUACACAUACAUAAAUAUAUAUAUACAUAUAUAUAUACACAUAUACACACAUACACAGACACAUACAUACACACAUACAUACAUACAUACAUACAACAACUGACUUGUUGGAAAGGUGGCAUACUAUGACGGUGCCACAUUGAAAGUCACUGAACUCUUCAGUAAGGCCAUUCUACUGCCAAUGUUUGUCUAUGGAGAUUGCAUGGCGGUGUGAUCGAUUUUAUACACAUGUCAUCAAUGGGUGUGGCUGAAAUAGCAGAAUCUACUAAUUUGAAGGUGUGUCCACAUACUUUUGUAUAUAUUGUGUAUAUUGGGCUAGCUAGCGAAUAUGCUGACAUUAGCUAGCUAGCUAAACAUUUGGCUAUGGGCUGGCACUGGCAGUAUGGGAUUAUGGAGAGUGAAUUACAUUGUUUUUUCAUCAUCUUGCUAGGUAGUUAUCUAGCUGUGGCCAUCUGGCUAGUAUCAACAAGGGCUUUCUACAAAAUAGCAACAUUAGCGCAGCUAGAGCUAGCUAGCUAACAUUGGAAUCUAUAUAUACCAUAAACUGAGCAACACACAUGCCAAACAACGCUAGGCCUAUUGCCACAUUCUGGUUUGAAGUGUUUUAACAAGGCUGGCGGACGACUUCAAGGUCUUUGCUGUGUAAACAUAAAAGAGAUUUGUCAUCAGGCAAACGUUUGACAAUUCUACCAGUGUGCCUGAGCUUUUAUGUUCUAGAUAGCACCUUUUUUUCAAAGAGCUCUACCAAAGUAAAAAUCUAGUGCAGUGACUAACCCAACAGCUAAGGUCCCGAAGUGGGGCGGGCCCCCAGCCAAAACUCACUUAUGGCCCCGAAAAGUCUAAGGCCUGUGAACAAUAGAUACAUUAAACCUUCAGUUUCAGACAAAAUAAAAUAAUGUGAGAAUGAAGAACAUGAAUCUGAAAUCUUUGAAAAGUUGAGUCGAUGACUAUCAACCUUCCUUGUUUUCCUUGUGUUCAAAAUAUUCACGAAAACAUAAUACUGUAAUAGAAGUGCAAUUGCAUUUCUCUGAGUCGGUAUUCAUGUCAUAAGAAGGAAUUCCCCUCAACCACGCCCACAAAUUGGGGAAAACAAACAUUGACCCCCCAUUGUAAAAUAGCCAACUUCUUCAUAGAUUUUUUGUUAUACAGAAAUAACAAAUAAUUACGAAAGUGUGCUGUGUUGUUCAAUAUAGUGUCCAUGUAACCAGGUCAAAAAUCCCGACCUACGGUUCGCAAUGCUCCCAUGUAGGGAAAUAGAGCCUGCGAGAAGAGCCCUGUUGCUUCAGGCUAUUCGUGUGGAAGAGUGGGAAAUUGUGGAGACCCGGUGUCCAAGUAGGCUACACGUAGCUAUGUGUGUGGAAAAAAUUUAAUCACAGAUAAGACAUUUAACUCGUUUGGUAUAGUCAGUUUGUAACUCCACUCACUAUUUGUUGUUUCAUAGUCCGUUUGUUUGUGUUGUUGGUCUUGGCUAGCUUAAUGUUCUGGGCUCGGUUUCCCAAAAGCAUCUUAAGGCUAAAUUCAUCGUUAGAUGGGCAUAAUUAAAUAUCCAAGCUGUUUACAAAAACCCUCGUUAUUAACGCUGCACUUGAAAUCACUCGUAAUCUAGAACAGCUAAAUGCAUAUUUGGAUGCUUUCUUGCCCACUUAAUACACAGAAGAUCUCUGCUAAACAUAGACUCACAUGGUUGAUUAGUCUAUCUGUGACGUCACUAGUUUAGUCAUUUAGCAGACGCUCUUAUCCAGAGCGACUUACAGUUAGUGCAUACAUUAUUUUUUCAUACCCCCCCGUGGGAAUCAAACCCACAACCCUGGCGUUGCAAACGCCAUGCUCCACCAACUGAGCUACCCUGGGCCAAUUGUGCACCGCCCCAUGAGUCUCCCGGUCACGGCCAGCUACCACAGAGCCUGGAUUCAAACCAGGAUCUCUAGUGGCACAGCUAGCACUGUGAUGCAGUGCCUUAGACCACAGUGCCACUCAGCAGAGUCAUUAGUUGCAUGAAGUCAUUAACCACACCUAUUUCUACAAUUUAUCUUCUUAAAACGUUAUUUAAAACUUUACCCUAACCUUAACCCUAAUCUUAACCACACUACUAACCUUAUGCAUAAUCCUAACCUAAAAUUUUGAAUUUGUGGCUGUGCUAUCUAGUGGAAACCCUGUGACCACCAUUAACUUCAGAACAAAGUUGACUACAAAUAAGAAAGUGACAAUGUCUUUGCAAUUGAUUCAAACAAGCUACGUAUAAAAAUGCUUCAAAUGAAAACCGAGAUGACUGCAUUGACUUCUAUUUUGCUACCUGUAGGUUACUGUCUGUAAUUUGUCUCAAUAUAUUUCAUGAUGUAUAGUUUAACAUGUUUGCAAUGAUGUGCCAAAUCGGUGACUUACUGCAUGUUUAUUGGGUAAGCAUUAGAAUAAGAUGCCUCAAAAUUUGCAGCCGUAGGUAUUAAUAUCUCUCUAGGAGCUGAACCGUCAUCAGUAUUGUGAAAUAAUUAUAAAGUUAAGGAAAGAUUUGAAUGGAGAAAGCUGAUCUGAGAGCAGCGCUCCUUUCUAUUUGAUCCUAUCAGUUUUGACACAUCUUCCAAUGACACACUUAGCCACCAUUCUCUCUGCGUGGUGUUCUGGGAAACGCAUGUUCCAUCAUCAGCCGUUGUAGGAAAGAUGAAUUGUUAAAAAACUCGUAAGACUAAGUUCCAUCGCUAUCGGGAAACCGGGCCCUGGUUGGUAGCUAGCACUCACUCAUGUGGCUAACGUUAGCGCCAUCAUGAAAAGGAGCAUGAGUGAAUUCCUACAAUAUUUCGUUUUUUCUAAGUAAGGCAAUGUUGAAAAGUAAUCUUUAGACAAAUUGUACUUUUCUUAAAUGGAGUUUUGCAAUAGACUAAAACAAGCAGACAACAAAAGAACGGUGUUUGAAAAAGGUCAAGUUUUGUCUGUGAGCCAAUAGGGUAACCAUGGUAACCACAAAUUAUUUUCCUCACAGGCGGGUGGGGCUGCGACGUUCUAUUUACUAACGACUGGGACUAUAGACCAGUACAACAAGUAAACUAUGAAAGGUGAAUAGAAGGUCAUUGUGCGAUAAUCCAAGUUUACUUUUUAAAGUACACUGAAACAUUUGACUGAUAGUGAUCCAUACAAGAUAUGACACAAACUAAAUGUUGAGUUUUGCAGUACAAAAUGUACAAUACACAGCAUGACAGGCAAGACAAAUGAAUGAAAAUCAGACUAUUUUCAGUCUUUGCCAACAUGUUGCCUAGAUAACGAAUAUGCACUCACUAAAGGAGUGGCCACAAGUCUAAUAUAAAAAGCAGUGAGUGCAGUACUGUACACUUCCAACUGAUCUUCCAACUGAAUACAUGAUGAGUAUGAUGACCAUUGUAUCUUUUCUCUCCGCAGCUCUGCUGUUGCUGGUUCCUGGGAUCCUGACUGAAAGUAAUGUAGAAUAUAUUUACUUACUUUACCUCUUUAUAAUGUUAUCUUUAAAACCUAUACAGGAUAGUUUACAAUUUAAAUUACAAUUUUAUUACAGAGGCUUAUGGACCAAACCUCAUCGAGUUGACAAUAGUCAACAGCCUCUCCAAUGCACCCAAUGAGACCUACAGUGCUGACAUGGUGUUCAGAGGGAUCCUACUCGGUGCCAUGAAGAGACUGCAGGAGACCAAUUCAGACUUCAAGUCAGUAGACAUUUCGAUUCCAUUGUCUGAUUGAUUUCUAGAAUAGCUCAUAUAUGCAAUACAGAUUAUACAGUUUGAGAAAUAGUUUUCUAUGCCAAUUUACAGACAAUGUUUUUUAGUUCAAGGUGUAAUUUAUUGCAUGGCAUGGAGUGGUACAGCACUUUCCUGUUUUCAAUGUAAUGGUGGUAUUCUUGCUGUUUCAGUUAAUAAGGGGUAUUAUAAUUGGCAGGUGGUGUGUCAAAGAUUUUAUCUUAUGUCAGUAGUCAGUGAGCAUUGUUCUUUCAGGUUCACCUACACAGAGGACCCAAACUAUGGUCCUUUCCUGGAGAGUGUGAAUGGUGUAGCUGGGGUCAAUGCUGAGCACACUUACUGGGAGCUCCUUGUUCAGACUGGGGAGAAUGGACCCGUGAUCAGACCUGAUGUGGGUGAGUAAUGAUUUAGAAUAUCUCUCUCUCUCUCUCUGCAAAGCUACAGAAUUAAGCAGAAAAGCAAGUGUUGUUUUGUGUUGUUUUGUCACAUGAAUUGUGCACAUACUAUAAACACAAAAUGACCUAUGUGGACGUUGCUUUCACAGGUAUUGGCUGUUACAUCCCAGAACCAAAUGACCGCAUCAUCCUGAAAUUUACAAAAUGGUGAACAUUCAGAAGCGCCUGACUGAUACUGUUGCAUGAUUUGAAAAAGUGCUGUUGUGCAAUUUAUUACAUGGAAAAAGGGAAGGAAUUCAGUCAUUUGGAAUGUCCAAUGUUAAGACCUUGUUUAGAAUUUAAAUAAAAAGAUUUUCACCCUGACAUGAUACUGUUGUUGAUUUAAAAGAACAUUUAGAACAAAAUUCCUCAGGCUAUAUCAGAACAACUGUAAAAUAACAUUCUGUUUGUAAUUACUGAGUAAAAUGUUAGUAAAGUACAUGUAGCUAUGGAGUACAACUUGUGCCGGGAAAUAAAAUUACUACAACAGUUGUAUCAUAAUA